CAUUCGGCAAGUUCGAGUGGAGCGUGUUCGGUUGGGUUCUACGUACGUAAUUGGAGCAAAGCGAGCCGGCGACAUCUGACUUUGAAAAUAUUACUGUGGAAAUAUUGUUUUGGGUUUUUUUGUAAUUUUUGGUGUGGUUUAACUCGGCUUGUCACCAUGGCUGUAACGGAAGCGGGAUGCGAUCUCACGUACUGCAAAAUGAGGGGAAUUGUUGCUGUUCUCACCGCUUUCAUCAAGGAGAGAAAAAUGGGGCUGAAUGACUUCAUCCAGAAGCUGGUGUCAACCCCUCAUAUCUGCCAACAUGUUGAAGUCAACAACUUCCUGAAGAUUGAUGAGAAUGAGGAGGCCGAACAUGAUCUAGCUGAAAGAAGGAGGUUCCUAAAUGCGCAAAGUUCACUUGCUGAGGACACUCAGAUCAAACCUUAUGAUUUUGACUACCUCAAGAUCAUCGGCAGAGGCAGCUUUGGAAAGGUUCUGCUCGCACGACACAAAGAGUCUACCAAAUACUACGCUGUCAAAGUGCUCCAGAAAAAAAUUAUCCUGAAGAAGAAAGAGCAAAAGCAUAUCAUGGCUGAACGCAGCGUUCUUAUGAAGAACAUCAAGCAUCCCUUCCUAGUGGGACUGCAUUACUCCUUCCAGACGACUGACAAGCUUUACUUUGUACUCGACUACGUGAACGGUGGAGAGCUCUUCUACCAUCUUCAGAGAGAGAGAAUCUUCUUGGAACCCCGGGCCAGAUUUUACACUGCUGAAAUUGCAAGUGCACUGGGCUACCUGCACUCACUGCACAUUGUGUACAGGGACCUUAAGCCCGAGAACAUCCUGUUAGACUCCCAAGGCCACAUUGUUCUCACGGACUUUGGUCUUUGCAAAGAAGGACUUGAAGCCGACAGCACGACAACAACUUUCUGCGGGACGCCUGAGUAUUUGGCUCCAGAGGUUCUCCAGAAGCAGGCCUAUGACCGCACAGUUGACUGGUGGUGUUUGGGAUCGGUGCUCUAUGAAAUGCUCUAUGGACUUCCUCCCUUCUACAGUCGCAACACAGCUGAGAUGUACAACAACAUCCUGCACAAGGUUCCUGUCCUCAAACCCAACGUGUCCAACUCGGGGAGGGAGUUGCUCGAGGGGCUCCUGCAGAAGGAUCGUACCAAGAGACUGGGCGUGAAGGAUGACUUUCUUGAACUCAAGUACCACUCCUUCUUUUCGCCGAUUAACUGGGACGACCUGAUGGCCAAGAAGAUCACGCCGCCCUUCAUUCCCUCUGUGAGUGGCCCUACAGACCUCCGCCAUUUUGACCCAGAGUUCACCCACCUGCCUGUGUCCUCCUCCCUGAGCAACGACCCCUUCAGCAUGACCAGCAGUAUCAAAGAAGCGGCGGGGGCAUUCCCAGGCUUUUCCUACGGGCCUCCGUCAGAUCAUUCCUUCUUGUGAAUACCAGCGUCACUUGUCAACAGUCUCUCUGCCAGAGACGACGAGCUCUGGAUUGACUUUUGUUUUGACGGCGGGGACCACACGGAGCCGCAUGUCUAGAAGGGACCAACUGAGGGUCAAACCUUGAAAGAGCUUUUUACAAUGACUCGUGCACUGAGAUGGACUCAUGUUACAACAACACUGGCCCUACGAUUUUUUUUGCCUCUAGCACCUAAAACAAACUAAGUGUGCCAAGUACUGCUGCACUUCAGAAUCAUACGAUAUCACCACAAUGGUAACGGGACCUCACGGCUUCUGAUGUGACAAUGAGAAGUGCCUGACGUUGAAAAAGCAAUUGGGGCUCCGCCUGCAAGAUUCUUCCUUUUUUUUUUUUUUCUUCACUCGGCUUGACGGGGGCGCAUCAGGGUGAUGCCUUCAUUCCAUGUUUGCAUACACUGUAUGCUUGAACUGAAACCGUCACAGAUUUGAUUUCAUUUGAAUGCGCUAUUGCACGUCUGGAAACUUUGAUCAUAUCUGUAUUCUUAUCCUAUUUUCAUACGGUAUCUUUACCUGGGACCAUAUUUAACAUGUCCUGAGAAUUAGUGUUUCUAGAAACACAAGAGAUCCACUGUUUUUAACCUGUGUAAUAUGCAUAUACAGUAAGCUAACAUUUCCCAGCGUGUACUAUGUAUAUAUAAAUCGAGAGAGAGAUGUAUAUGUAUCCAUUGAUUUAAUAUAACCUAUAUUUAUUGAAUGCCCUCCACCCCAAAUACUUCAUUCACAAGCAGAGACUCUUGCAGUCAGAUUUAUAUUAUUUGAUAGAUCAUCAACAUGUGAUUCAACCAGCAAUAACAGGUCUAAAGAAUAUAUCCAAUCAUUUUCUUCACUAGAAUGUUUUGCCAUAAACACUUCCAACCCUGUUCAAAAUGUCUUUGCAUUUACGCAUCGUGUAGAGAGAAACUGUGAAUGUUUUGUGCCUGUCCAGGGCGGCCUGACCCGUGUGUACCGUGCGUACAGCACAUAUCUUUUGUUUUUCCGUGACCCGUUGUUCCCGCCUGUACAGAUCUUGAUUUAUUUAAGUGCUUCAUUAACUUGACUAAGAACAAUAGGAUGGAGCAAUCUUUGGUUUAGCCACAAGCCCUUUGCUUAAUAGGGUUCUUAAAAGUGCAAUAAAAUCCCAUUGGCUUUGAUGGAGGAUUUAUCGAUGGCUCUUGCAACAGAAUGGGAAUAGUAAUGUAUGAAGUUGUCUUACGGUAUUGAAAAUGGAUGAUUUAUUUGCUCGCACAUAUUAAAAACUGAUGCAUGUGAGCGUUUUAUUUUUAUUUAAAGCCUGCUGUAAAAAAGUACUGCACAGGUUUAGCACAUUUUCUUCCACAUUUGGAAGCUGCAAUUUCCUCUUUUGUAUACCAGUGUGUAUUUAUUUUCUUCCUGCCAUUGUUACUGUAUGAUUGUACAUGAUUUACUUAAAUACUGAAAUUUAAUGUCAGAAAUUCCAAAUAAAUUCUCUUACCUGGAAAUCAA